GAGUCGUACCCUAUUUUCCAGCGCGACAACUUUAAUUCCCGUGGAUCAAACUUACGCUUCAUCAACGACAAAAUAAACAGUUUUUGCAAGAAUAAAUAUGUGAAUCCCCGACCGCCCCAACGCACUAUAAUGGAAAAUCAAUUGUGGAAACGUAAACUGCUGAGCACUUGGCGCAAGGAUCAACAAUGGUACGCUGACAAAUUGGCAAUCCUGCGGAGCGUGCGGUCGUCGGAGACCCCACCGGGAGACAUCCAAUCGUCACCAACAGGAGAGACCUUCAAGGAGUACGUGGUGUCGGAACAAACUCCCGGCGAAUUGCAACGACACGAAAUCCUGUACUCCUCGGUAGCUGUCGGCAUUGUCCUGAUUGUAUUUAUUUCGGUGGGUAUUUUAUUUUUCCUUCGUCGUCGCAAAACUAAAAACGCUGACGAGGAACACGCCGCUUCCAGUAUCCUUGUUUAUCCAUCUCAGCAAGGAACAGCGCCUCAGUUUUUGACGAAAGAGAUCCAUUUCAGUCUUCCACCUUUAAGGAGCACCUCACUGGGCGACCUUACUGAACCGGAUGAUUCCGAUGUAGACACCGAAAGUUUACUGCUUCCCACGGUUUCGAAUCAAAGAUCGAAUUCUUUCAGUUGUUACGGCUUGGGGGUGAUAGAGCCGGCUCUGUAUAAGAGUACGCUAGAUUUAGACGAGAUUCAGUGGCCUGAAGGACAUAUUGGGAGGAUUUGGUUUUCGCUGAGGUAUGAACCGUCAACGGAAAAGUUAUUGGUCUCCUUGCUCAAGGCGAAGAAUUUACCGUCGAGGACGGUUGGCACGGUCAAUAGCUGCGAUCCCUUUGUGCGUUUGCACUUAAUGCCCGACGAAAGACGUUACUUACAAUCCAAACAAAAGAAGAAGACAUGCAAUCCCUACUUUGACGAAACCUUGGUCUUCCAAGUCUCACAGAAAGAUAUGUCGGAUCACACCCUAAAACUGACAGUAAUCGACGGCAGUAGGACUAAACGAAGAUCCGAAAUCGGACACGUGACGUUUCCACUCAAGGAUUUGGAAAUUGGUGACGGGACCGAACAGCAGCUUUUCAAAUUGGACUUGGAAAAGGAGCCGCAAGAGAUCAAGUCGAAUUUGGGAGAAUUGCUUGUGUCGCUGCUCUACAACGAAAAUUUGAGUCGGCUUACAGCGACUGUGAUAGAGGCCAGGGGGUUGAAGUUCCAGGGUGACAAACACGAGGCUUACGUGCGCCUCACCCUGAACCAGCACUACCGCAGCGUGAAAGAAAAGCGCACCGGCGUAGCGCGACCUUCCCGCGACGGUGCCGUGACCUUCACCGAAGGCUUCAACUUCAAACUGGCCCCAUCUCAGGUGGACAUCUCCAGCUUAGCUUUCCACGUGUUCCAGGCGACUUCUGGUUACGGUAGGGACAAGUUGAUCGGGAAGUGCGUCCUGGGCUCGUAUAUGUUCGCAAGAGGCAAGGCUCUGAUCCAGUGGAACACGGCCAUCGCCAACCCUAUGGAACAGAACCAGCAAUGGCACAUCUUGUGUGAAUAGAGUCGACGUAAAAAUUACAUUUCGCUGUUGUAAACAUGUAGAAAAACCUCCAGGAAUUUCCAGAAUGAGUUACAUUCAUGAUUGAAAGCACGCGUUGUUUAUCCAACAGCUAAAUUUAUCUCCAACCAAAAAUUUUUUCCAGAUGAAACAUUUUUGCACAAGGAGCGCAAUUGAAAGACUUGAAUUAACACCCGAUAUAUUUUCAAAUAUACCUUCUUUAGGAGAUAGAUUAGAUUAUUUAGAAAUAUAUGUAUACAAUUAUUAUUGAAAUCAAUAAAUUAUAAUACUAC